GAGGAGAUGCAACAGAUCUCAAACCCAACAAUCCUUAACCUUCAACACAGACUCAAAAUACAACCCUGGAGGACUUUUAUCACGCAAGUUGUAGCGUGAUAUCUAUAUCUAUAUCUUGGAAAUCACAGUCAGUGUAUUCAUUAGAACUUGGACAAAUCCUUUGGGUAUUUAGAGACAAUGCAUAUGCAGACGAUGUUCUUGGAUAACAGGUGGGUUGCCAUGUCCUCGAGGCCUUAGCGACCUGCAGGUCCUUCUACUGGUUCUACUUGUCUUGUGAUGCUCUAAAUCAGAUUAAAGGAGUGACCGGCGGCUCGCCUCUACGUCCAAAUCUAUGAUCAGCUCGGUGUGUGUUUCGUCUUACCGCGGGCGCAAGUCGGGCAACAAACCUCCGUCCAAAUUAUGUCUGAAGGAAGAAAUGGCCAGAGCCGAAGACUCGGACAAGAUCAUCCUGAACGUUGGCGGCACGCGCCAUGAGACAUACAAGAGCACGCUUAGGAGUAUCCCGGGCACGCGCCUCUCUUGGCUGGCUGAGUCGGAAGCGCAGCUGGACUCCAAUGUGGAAGCGGGACAAACGCACGUCGCCAACGAAUUCUUCUUCGACAGGCACCCGGGCAUCUUUGCCUACGUGCUGAACUAUUACCGAACCGGUAAGCUUCACUGCCCGGUGGACGUGUGCGGCCCGCUGUUUGAAGAGGAACUCGCAUUCUGGGGCAUAGAUGAGACAGAUGUUGAGCCUUGCUGCUGGAUGACUUACCGGCAGCACCGCGACGCUGAAGAGGCGCUGGAUAUCUUUGAACCGCCCGAUCCUGAGGAUGUCGACGACGAUCGAGACGUACCGCGGCGCUUCGGUAUCGAAGACUGUCCCGAUCGCUCCAGAGGAUGCUUUGAAGUUUGGCAGCCCAAAAUCUGGGCUCUCUUUGAGGACCCGUACUCGUCUCGCGCUGCCAGGAUUAUUGCCUUUGUCUCUCUCUUUUUCAUCUUGGUGUCUAUCACCAACUUCUGCCUUGAGACCCAUGAAGCCUUCAAUGAAAUUCAGAACCGUACCAAAGUGAUUUUAGAUGGAAACGCUACGAAAGUGGUUUAUAGUCUGGAGGUGGUGACGAAUCCUGCACUCACGAUGGUGGAGGGCACCUGUGUGGUGUGGUUUACGUUUGAGUUUCUAGUGCGCAUCAUGUGCUGUCCUGACAAGCUGCUCUUCAUCAAGAAUAUGCUGAAUAUCAUCGACUUUGUGGCCAUUCUGCCCUUCUACUUGGAGAUUAGUCUGAGCGGACUCUCCUCCAAAGCUGCCACAGAUGUGCUAGGAUUCUUGCGAGUGGUGCGUUUUGUGAGGAUCCUGCGGAUUUUCAAGCUGACCCGUCACUUUGUAGGGCUGAGGGUGCUUGGCCACACGCUGCGUGCCAGUGUAAAUGAGUUCUGCCUCCUUAUCAUCUUUCUUGCUCUUGGUGUCCUUAUCUUUGCAACAAUGAUAUACUACGCAGAGCGCAUUGGUGGAGACCCUAAUGAUCCGUACAUGAACAGUCACACUCAUUUCAAGAACAUCCCGAUCAGCUUCUGGUGGGCUGUGGUCACUAUGACCACACUGGGUUAUGGGGACAUGUUUCCUCAGACCUGGCUGGGUAUGAUGGUUGGCGCAUUAUGUGCAUUAGCAGGUGUUCUAACGAUUGCCAUGCCAGUCCCUGUUAUUGUGAACAAUUUUGGAAUGUACUACUCCCUGGCCAUGGCAAAGCAGAAGCUGCCCAAAAAAAAGAAACGCCACCACAGAAACCCAGACACGGUGCUGGAUUCUGCCUCAUUUGGAAAAUCGGAGAGCAACUCACAUAGGAAUAGUGUCCAAAGUGACACUUGCCCUCUUGCACCUGAGGAAAACUCCACACGGAACCGUUCAGACUCAAAGCAGAAUGGUGAUGCUAAUGUAGCUCGAUCAGAGGAUGAGCCGCUCUCGCCCACUGAGAGGUGGUCCCUCCGCCGCUCACACAAACGAGACAAGUGCAAGAAAGAGGGUACCUCCUUCCUCCUGACAUCCGGAGACUUUACCUGCAGCACUGACCCCACUAUCUGUACAGAGAGCUGCAAAGACGCCCUGACAGCCACAGCCAUCUACAGCCAGACAGAAGUGACCACCAUGACAAAAAGUGACAUGAUUAGAUGAACAGCAGAGAGUCUAUCCAUCAGAGAUCCUAUCCAUUUGUCUGUUGGACUCCAUCCAGCAUCUUUCAUCCAGUCCCAGUCAUACACACAACACACCUGUCUGCACAUCUACCCAUGUCUUUGCAUGACCUCACUCUGUAUGGCAUACCUUGACAAGUGUACUUAAUAUUUUAGACACAUUUAAACGUGUGUGUCCUGUAUGUCAUCUUAUCUGAAGUGACUUUGUCAACAACAUUUGAGUUCUCUACACAGCGAUAAUUUUGUUGAACUGCAGCAAAUGGUUAUGUCUUCGUGAGCAGCAACAUUUUGAGGUGUGGGAUGUAUGACAUAAAUAAUCAAGGCUCAUCCAAAAUUACAAUCAAGUCUCAUGAACCUUGAACGCAGAAGUCUGUGUUCGGCAAAAGCUCAAUGAAAUCUUUGUAUUUAGUAAGUGUAGCUUUAUAAAUUGUCAACCUCCAUGUCAUACGAAUUGGGAUGUUAGACUUGUUUUAUGUAAAGAAUAACAUUUCCAGGUCUGUGUCUGAUUCUCAUCAUGCCAGAGCUUUGCUGUAGAGAUAGCAGAGCACAUUGGAAUGAAAGAAGGUGCUUUUGGGAAGCCUUUAGUCACUGGGAAAAUGCUUAGUCAUUUACAUUGAGUAGCAAAAUUCAAGUUAUUUUGAUUCAAGGUGUUUGUUCUCCUUUUAACAUUUUGAUUGGCAUUGUUUUAUGGAUAAAAUAAAAAGCACAUUUAGUGAUUUUUUUACAUUAAUAAACAACCAAUCAAUUUAUUGCUUCAUUUUCUAAUGUCACUGGUUGGAAGGGGACCAAGCACCAUUACCAGUGUGUGUGUGUGUGUGUGUGUGUGUGUGUGUGUGUGUGUGUGUGUGUGUGUGUGUGUGUGUGUGUGUGUGUGUGUGUGUGUG